AUGAUACAAGAACAUUUACCUAGUGAAAAUCUACCAGUAGAUUUUGCCUUAGUCAGUGUUACGGACGAUGACAGUGGACGUAAUGGCUAUGAGUCAAGUACUGAUAAAUUGAUAAAUGAGAAUAAUGACGAUAAUGAAUUAACUGAUUUCCAAUCGAACGAUUUAAUCAUCUAUAAGAUAUCAGCUUUGGUAUCAUUUGAUCGUGAACAGAAUGCUACAGUGUACCCAAUGAUUAGAUGUAUAGAUCAAGGAAGUGAUCGUUAA